AGUUCGGCGCUCAGUACUCGCCGAGGCUCCGUCUCAGUCGGUGUUGCGUGACGGCGUACCGGCCUACGUGUGAACCGCACGCUCGAGCGAAGGUGUCAGUGAUUACAGCGAUAUCGUUCCGCCAAUCGCGGCCGGCUGCUCCACGUAAACGAUAAACUAUCAGUCCGCCGUUGAUUUGCGCCGAAUGAGAAUUUUUCACGGCGUCCCGAUAAUAUCGAGUGUUUUGACACGGGAUUCCGUCUAUAAUUAAAGUCCUUGCGUGAGUUUUAUUGUGCUCGUGAUUCAAGAUGAGGCCGAAGGAGGAGGUGGACACGAAGAUCCAGACGGGUGCGUUCAUCCUGUCCGAGAAGAUCGACGACACCAAGUCGAAGAAAAGUGAAAAGGAAAUGAAGAAGGAGAUGAAGAAACUGGAGAAGGAGAAGCAGGAGCGCGAAAAGCGGGAGAAGAAAGCUCGCGAAAAGGAAAAGGAGCGUGAGAAGCAAGCUAAGAAAGGGAAGGUAACAUGCGGCGCGUGCGGCGGCAAGUGCAGCGGGGAGGUGCUCCGCGUCUCCGACAAGUACUUCCACAUGGCCUGCUUCACCUGCCGUACCUGCUCCGCGUCGCUGGCCCGAGGCGGCUUCUUCUGUAAGGACGGAUACUAUUAUUGCCCACAAGAUUAUCAACGUGCUUUCGGCACGAGAUGCGCAGCUUGCAACCAAUAUGUGGAGGGUGAGGUGGUCUCCGCACUCGGCAACACUUACCAUCAGAAAUGUUUCACGUGCGCGAGAUGCAAACGCGCGUUCCCAUCCGGGGAGAAGGUAACGUACACGGGCACGGAGGUGAUAUGCGCGGCUUGCACGUCCGCGCCGCAGAAGCACACGGCGCGCGCGGCCCGCUCGCCCGCGUCGCCCGCGCCCGUGACGCCCACGUCGCCCGUGUCUGACCACGCGCGUGAUGGGCGCGACCAGGUGGACCAGAGGCAGCUGGAUCCUAAUGCGUGUGCGGGGUGCGGACAAGAGCUGUCCGAGGGGCAGGCACUAGUGGCGCUGGACCGGCAGUGGCACACGUGGUGCUUCGCGUGCGGGGAGUGCGGCGCCGUGCUGCAGGGCGAGUACAUGGGCCGCAACGGCGUGCCCUACUGCGAGCGGGACUACCAGCGGCUGUACGGCGUGCGCUGCGCCUACUGCCAGCGGUUCAUAUCGGGGAAGGUGCUGCAGGCGGGCGAGAACCACCACUUCCACCCAACAUGCGCGCGCUGCAGUAAGUGCGGGGACCCGUUCGGUGACGGCGAGGAGAUGUUCCUGCAGGGCGCCGCCAUCUGGCACCCGCGGUGUGGGCCAGCUCCACACGCUCCGCUCACACCGCUGGACCCGCUCGCACUGGACAGGGCUUCGUCUGAGCUGCAGUUCUCGAUGCGGUCGCGCACGCCGAGCGUCAACGGGUCGUACUGCAGCCCGUACAGUAGUCUCAAUAGGAAGUACGGCAGCGGCUACCGCGGCGCGUCGCCCGGGCUGGUGCUGCGCGAGUACCGCUGCCGCUGCUCGGGGGACGCGUCGCCGCACCGCAUCACCGCCUUCUCGUACCUCACCAGCGAGCCGGCGCGCCUGCGCGGGCCCGUCACGCCGGCCGACCGGCCCCCCGCCUCGCCGCACUUCCACCGCCCGCCGUCGAGCCUAAGCACACGCACGAGUUCCCGGCCGGGCAGCAAGGCGUCGUCCCGGCCCGGUAUGCGCGUGCUCGUCGACUCCAUGCGGGCUGAAACACCACGACCGAAAUCACCGCAUAUGAAUAAUGAGGAGCCGAUAGAACUAUCACACUACCCAUCCGCGUACAAGCCUCCGCCGGGAACCAAACCCAAGAUAGAGAGAGACGACUUCCCCGCACCACCGUACCCGUACACAGAUCCAGAACGUCGCCGUCGCUGGUCGGACACAUACAAAGGUGUACCGGAAAGCGACGACGAAGCCGACGGCACCACCAACGGGAAGGUGAACGGCAACGGUCUCCCGGACCACAAGCUGCGCAAGGAGGAGCAGGAGUUGGCCAAGAUAGACUCGGGGAUCGCGCAGGUAUUUUUGAAAGAAGUCAAGGAACGUGAGAAAAUGCAACAGUGGAAGAAACAAAACUUAGAUCCUAGAAAUGCUAGCAGAACCCCGUCAGCAGCUCGCGAGGCAGUCUCCCGUCUCCGCUACUCGUCCCCGGUCGGGGCUUCGCCCUCCCGCACGCUCGACCGCCCGAGACAUCACGACUGUCACUCGCUGUCCGACCACCACCACGUGCCGUCUUAUAAUGUACAAACAUAUCAUACUAGUGAUGUAAUGUUCGCGCGAGGCGGGUCCGGCACGGGCACCCGCGCCAGCACGCUGCCCGCCGGGAUGUCGCCGUGCAAUGGUGACUUCACUUUCAGUGGCCUAGGCGACAAGACACACAGCACUGACUUCAGUAGCGGCAAGUCAGACAUGCGGACGGAUCUGUGCAUAUCUGCCGGCUCCAUAACAGACGUUGAUAGGAGUGCUGUGACAACAGAAGGCGGCGUGUUAGUACGCGGUGCAGCCGGCGGUAGCACGGCCGGGUCCCGCGCGGGCGCAGUCCGUCGCUCUCUGCCCAACAUGGCCACUUCACAUUUAGUGCACGAACCAGCCAAACUCUAUCCGUACCACUUGCUGCUCAUCACCAAUUACCGCCUGCCGCCCGAUGUGGACCGACUCAACCUGGAGCGCCAUCUAUCGGACGCGGAGUUCGAAGCGAUCCUGCAGUUCUCCCGCGCGGAGUUCUACCGCCUGCCGCAGUGGCGUCGUAACGAGCUCAAGCGACGCGCUAGACUGUUCUAGAUACAUGUCUCGUACACGUAUGACAUGUGGCACGUACACGUGUAACAUGUGGCACGUACGCGUGUGACUUGUGGCACGUACACGUGUAACAUGUGGCACGUACACGUGUGACUUGUGGCACGUACACGUAUAAUACGUGGCAUGUACACGUAUAAUAGUGGGCUCGUACACGUGUAAUAUGUAGCUUCGUGUGACACGUACAUGUAUAAUAUAUAGCUCCGUGUGACACGUACGUGUAAAAUGUGACACUAAUGUAAUUGCAGUUUCGUUUAGAGUAAUAAAUUGGUUCGUAUAUGGGAAAUUUGGAUAUGGAAAAUAAAAUAUUUAUCUGAAAUGUUUAAUGUCAUCUUAAUAAAGUUUAAAUACAGUUUGAUCCAGCAGCGUUUUAAUUGGAUUUAGUAUCAGAUAAUUUGUUGUUGUUGUUGGAGAUAGAAGAAAAGAGAAAUAGUAGGUGAAUUAAGGUCUAUUGAUUUUUAAUUUCGGAUGUAUUUUUUUAUUAUCAACAAAAUACUUUUUGUUUUAAGACGGCCCUUUGCGGUGCAUAUCAAAGAUAAAUUUUCUUAAGUUGUGUUUCUUAAGGAGUGUUUAAAUUACAUUGUAGUAAUUGCAGAGUUUUGUAACGUUUUUAAAAUUAAAAAUGUAAAAAAAAAACUUGCAAGUAUACUCGUUUCGAUAG